UGUUUAUAACAAGCAUAAUUUCAAGACACCUUUCUAGAGGUUAUAAAAAAAAUUUUAGAGGUUAUAUCAGUAGAGCUUUGGUGCAGCAGGAGUUAACUUAACACAACAUCUCUCCAGUGGAUUUUCUAAGGACCUCAUGAAAGUGUAAAAAACGAACGAUGAAAGAACAUUUCCAAUAGCAAUAAAGGAAACAAGUGUGAACCAACGUAGAAUGGCUAGUAACGAAACCAUGCAUAAGACCAACAACACAAUUAUUGCAAGCGUAAAGCCAAAGGAUUGAGAGAAAAGUUUGAAAAAUAAAUUAAAAUUAAAAAUUUUCGAAUAAAGUGACAAAAAGGAAGUUUAAUGAGCUCUUAUAACAGAUAUCUUUGAAAUAUAGUGAAAAAAAAAAACAAAAUUGUAUAAUAUUAUCAUUAGUGCAAUUCAUAAAAUAUGGUUGGUAGUGCCAAAUGCCCAUGAUGCCCUAACAAAGUUUUCAUCAUCUUUUUCACAAAAUGAAAAGCCGCCGCUGACCAAACAAAAACCGCGUACGUGAGUGACAUCAACUUGCUGCAAACGGCAAUGUGUGAAUGUGGUGCGUGAGCCGCAUUGCGUGCGUUCGUAUAUCAACUUAGGCCUGCCUCGCCGAUUCUAUCGUCGCUGCGGUCGCCGUCACCGUUACUGCUAGCCCCCAUAAGCUAAACAGCUAUUAAAAUUUGCUGCUACAAAAAUUAUUAAAAAAAAUCAAAAAAAUUUUUAAAUACAAUCGUUAACAGUCUAAAAUUGAACAAGUUUUUUGAAAAAAGCCAAUUGCCGUCGGCAAAUAAAAUAAAUGUUUUCAACCAUCCAAUUAAAUGACAAUGCCUCGUGAUACAUUUUAAUGGAUUAGCAGCCAAAAUCGAAGAUUAAGAUUCCAUGGAACAUCAACAUAUUCUAACAUAGAUAUACAACCUCUAGAAAUUGGCAUAAUGUGUUCGAUAUUCCAUAAUCGUAUAAACUAUCGUGGCACACCCAGCAAUUCACCGGGCAGCCAACCAACACUGACCAAAGAUUUAGAUCCAGAUAGCAAUAACAAUGAUAACGAUAGUACCAUAAUGUCCCGUAAAACGGAAACACCGGUAGAUGAGCGCGAAGGUAAUCCCAAGACACCGGGGACACCUGAGAUAAGUCCAACCUCCAAACAGGAUCAUAUCCACAAUGAUGAUGAAGAUGCCGCAGAACUUGACGAAACGGAAACUACAAAUAAGGAGGAGGCAUUGGAUUUAACGAUACUUCAACCGAAUGGUUUGUCCGCUAAGGGACAUGUUGCGCUGGAGGCCUUACAACAUACCAAAGUAGCUGUGGCUCAAUUUGCUGCCUCAGCAUUGGCCAGCUCCCAAUACUUUGGGGAGAGACCUUCCGAUCUGACUGCUAUACUGAAUGUGCAGCGACAACAUUUGAUGCAAUUACAAUUCAUACAACAUUUACAAAGUCAAUUGAAGGGAAGAGCUCAAAGGGAAGAUAUGGAUGCCGAAGAGAAUGACGAUGCUGAGGAUAUGACCCAUGCCGAUGCCGAAGCUGUUGGCAAGGAUGAAGACGAAGAAUUUUUCGAGCAGGAACCAUAUCAAAGCGAAUUGGAUUUGAGUCAAAGCAAACGAAAAGAGAAACAUAAUGCAGGCAAAGUGAUGACGCAGAAUAAUGGCUUGAGAUCUCCAAAAGUUGCUAGUGAAGAGAAAUCAAAGACUGACCAAGAAAUUAGUAAAAGUUCCAAGGAUAUAGAGGACAAAGUGCAAUCGCCUCAUUAUCAGCCUCUGCUGAGUGGCAUCAGUUCCUCUUUGGCCUCCACCAUUAUAACCAAUCAUGAUCCCAUACCCCCGCCCAAUGAAACCAACUGUCUGGAAAUGCUGCAGCGCCGCACCGAGGAAGUGCUGGACUCGGCCUCCCAGAGUUUGCAUGCCUCCCAAAUGCAAGAGGAAUUCGAAUAUUCACAAAAAGAUGGCCAAGGAAGGGGAGAAAUCUUCAAGCAUCGCUGCAAAUAUUGUGGCAAAAUAUUUGGUUCCUUCUCGGCCUUGCAAAUCCAUUUGAGAUCGCACACUGGCGAACGGCCAUUCGUUUGCAAUGUGUGCGGCAGCAAAUUCACUACAAAAGGCAAUCUGAAGGUACACUACCAGAGACACACGCAAAUCUACCCGCCCAUCUUAAUGCCUCCUGGAGUGGGCCCACCAUUGGAAAUGCCACCCGCAAUGAGUCCACAUGGACCGCAACCUCCCCCACCACCACCUCCCCCCAUUGCGGGGGGAAAUAUGAAUCAUAUGCCUGUGCGGUUGCCCUUCAGCGAGAAGACUUUGCCCAAGGAGACAAUUGAAGUUGUCGAGGUACCAGAAGAAACCAAAGAACAUAUUGAAGAAAAGGCCGAGGAACACCCUAAAGAUCUGCGGCCAGAGAGUUCCAAAUCCAGUGAAGAUCACCCGCAAGACUUAAGUAAGCCAGCAAAGGAGGACGAAGUCAAGUCCAAGCCAUUGGUAAGGGUUAGAACACCCCAAGCCCUCAUGGAACCCUCAGGCUUGGAAACUCAAGCAAAUGAUAAGAAUGAACGACCUGCUUUAUCGGUGACACCCAAGCGCUCAAUUUCUCAAAGAAAACGCAGCUCCAAUAGUGGCACUCCACCACAGGAUCACAGAAAGGGCUAUCCCCCCACUACAGAGAGUGAUAUUGCCGAGCAUCAUCUCUCCAAACAUUAUCGCAGAUCCUCUCUCAGCCGCCAGAGCAGCUUGGAGCAUCUCGGUGGGGACUUUUGCCAAGUCGAAGCUUAUGUAGACAAGUCGUGGGAGGACCUCAUUGAGAUAGAUACCACAUCGGAAACCUCUAAACUUCAGCAGCUGGUAGAUAAUAUAGAAAACAAACUCACCGAUCCCAAUCAAUGCAUAUUUUGCCAAAAAGUCAUGUCUUGCCGUAGUUCCCUGCAAAUGCACAUACGAACCCACACCGGCGAAAGACCUUUCCGUUGCAAAAUCUGUGGUCGAGCUUUUGCCACAAAGGGGAAUCUCAAAGCCCACAUGAGUAUUCACAAAAUUAAGCCUCCCAUGCGUUCACAGUUUAAGUGUCCCGUGUGUCACCAGAAGUUCUCCAACGGAAUCAUACUACAGCAACACAUACGCAUCCAUACCAUAGAUGAUGGAUCAGGAGGGGGCUCUGGCCAAUUAGGAGCGGGUGCCUCCAGCGAAAUGGCGGCAGCAAUUGCUGAACACAAUCAACGCAUACGUGCCCAUAUGGAAGCCGUCAUUUUGGAAGAUCAGAAUUCGAAUAAGUCUUUGGGAACUUCGGAAAAUUUCGACUUUUCCACUACAUCAGAAUACUCGGGUCAACGUUCAGAGUCAUCACAGGGGGAUUUCGAUGAGUACAUGACCAUGGAGAGUACCGAUGACUCCCGCGAGAAUACUUCAUCACUGACACCGCUAGAUAAACGUCAGUUUGAGGAUGCGGAUGACAAAAUGGAUGGCAUGGAUAGCGCGGACUCGGUAUCACAGGCCAUAGACUUAACAUCGCGCAAUGGCACAUCCCAGCAUGCGCAACGAGCUUUAGAACACUUUCCCCAUUUAAUGGGAAUGCCACCAAAUCUCUGGUUAAUGGCUGCUGCCAGAGAGGAAAUACAAAAUCUCGGUAAUCAGGGGAAGUUUCCAUUGCUGCCCUUUGGACCGCUAGGAUUUAUGGGUUUGCCACCGCAGGCCCAUAUCUGCCAAUUGUGCUUUAAACUGUUUCCCAAUCCAACAGCCCUGGAAACGCAUUUUCAAACUGAACAUACCAAAGAGGCGGCCAACAGAAGCACGCCACAUUCUUCGGGAAGCGGUGGCAGCAACAGCAAUGUUGCUCCAGCAUCUAUCGAUGGCGAGAUAUCAAAUGCUGUCGAUAGUCAUGUGACAACCGCAGAGGAUAAGAAUUCGAAUGUUUCCAGCAGCAGAAACAACAACAACAACAAUAGCAACACCUGUGAUGCACCAUCUGCAAUUGAGGCGCCCUUGUUUGACAACAAAUCUCCCCUAAAACCAAAUCAUUUUCACAAUUAUGAACAUCAAACUCCUGAAAAUGCCAACAGGGAUUCCAGAAGGUCACCCUUUACACAAAGAACCAGAAGCAGCAAUGACUGUGGCAGCCGUACGACUCCAACUAAAUCUCCGAGUUUGGAAGAAAUUAGGCAACACAUUAAAACGGAACCCUUGAUGGGGACCGAUGAGCCUGCAAAGUGUCAGCAGAGUUUAGAAGAAGCUGAAGAUGAUGAAGAGGCGGGUUAUCGAACAACUUUGACACCGCCAUCACACCACAGUUAUGCACAGCAUGCUGGCACCAACACAUUAAUGCCGCCUCAAUCCGAUGCUUCCGAACAUUCACUAAUGAAAAUGCAAAUGCUAACCACAAUUCCCCAUCAAUUUUCGACCUCCCAUUCAACGAUGUCACAACAUCACAUAGAAGCUCAUCGUUUUCCUGCAACCCCCUUGGAUUUUCAACAAGCUCUAAUGUCGGUGGGGCCACCAACUUCGAGUUUGGAUCCCCCAGUGAAUAACAAGCAUUUUUGUCAUAUCUGCCGGCGAAACUUCAGCUCCAGUUCAGCUUUACAAAUACACAUGCGGACGCAUACUGGCGACAAGCCAUUCCAGUGUAAUGUAUGUCAGAAGGCCUUCACCACAAAAGGCAACCUGAAGGUACACAUGGGAACACAUAUGUGGACAAAUCCCACAUCACGCAGAGGUCGCCGCAUGUCAUUGGAACUGCCAAUGCAUCGGCCAGGAGGAAAUAUGGCUAACGAAAACGAAUUCCUGCCCAGAAGACCGGAUAUAUUCUUUCCCUAUUUGCCACCUUUCUUCAAUGGUCUGCCACCCAAGCCCGGUGAACUGAAUGCAGCGCCACCAUUUCCGCCACACAUCAACUCACCACACAUGUCCAAUGGUACAGCGGGACCGCCCAAAUAUCCACCUCCCGGUUUGCCUUUGGGAUUUCCACCAUUCCUACAGCCACCCUAUGGUUUUAACCCCAUGUUAGGCCAGGCGCAUCUGGAGCGCCCAAGCAAUGCGAAAACCCCCAUAUCCAACGACGAUGAAAUCACAAUUGAACCAAAGAACCCACAUCACAAUACCAGCGCAAGAGAUGUAUCAUCACCCCCUCUGCAGAGGACGCCGCCCCUGGAAAAGGAUGAUGCUGCCGCGCUGUGGAAUCCCAUGAUGAAAAUAAAAACUGAAAACAAUCAAAAUGAUAUUAAUCAUCUCCUAGAUCAUAACAAUGAAACCAGUAAUCAAGAUUAGUCUCCCAAGGCAUGAGAUCCAGCAAGGGAUUGCAUAGCAUAGCAUAGUUUUAACUGGAUGGCAAUUUACCGCAUAGAGAUAUAUUGACAUAUAAGAAUAAUUAUAUAUAUACUAUACAUAUUAAAUACAGGAUAUAAGAGAAUCUAUAUAUACAUUUGAAAUAUGAUUGAAAAUCAUGGUUUUUAAGGAGUACAUAUCUUACAGCAUAAACUUCCCCCCCC